AAGUUUCGUUGGUCAUGUAGAAGAAUGAAACUAAUAAUUUGCGAGAUGUUUUCAAUACUUGUCUGAUAUAAUAUUAAAUUUUGGAAGUUAUGUGUUUCCCCUGAAAUGCAGACACCAACUGAGAAUGUUGGACAAAUUUUGAAUUGUAUUGAGUCAAGAAACAAUGAAAUCCCUCAGCAAGAAGAAGAAUAUAGCAAGAAACAAAACCAACAAUUUGAGCAGAGAGGCAUAUUUAGUAGUAGCAUUAGUGCUAACAAUUCAUCAGAUGAUGGAUACACAUGGAGAAAAUAUGGACAAAAGCAAGUUAAAGGGAGUAAUUUUCCAAGAAGUUACUAUAAAUGUACUCAACAAAAUUGUCUUGUGAGGAAAAAAGUUGAGUGUGCACCAAAUGGACAAGUUAUAGAAAUUGUCUACAAUGGUGCUCAUAAUCAUCCAAAAACUCAACAUCUUCGACGAAAAACUACGGAUGAUAUAUAUGUUGUUGCCCAAGAAAAUGGAUCAUCAUUAUGGAGAAAUGAUCAACAAUUUGAGUACAAUAGAGAUGUUGCAGGACUAGAAAGAAUACCCCCUGCACCUGUCCUGUCUGAUGCCUCCGAUCCAAUGUUGUCGAACAAUAUCAAUGUGUUUGAAUCUCAUGAGAUUUCUUCUAAACUUACUAUAUUUGAUGCUGAAGAUGAAGAUUUAGCCACUCAAGAAGGUAAUUUUCUUGGUGAUGGUAUCAAUGAGUAUGAAUUAGAGACGAAAAGAAGGUAUGCAUUUCCUCCCCACCCUUCUUUUUCUUUUGUUUGAUCCAUUUUUUGGGACGAGCUCUAGCAGUCCGUUCAGCCUGACCAUCUGUCUACGGGUAAAAAGUGUGCUAAGUUGCUCGGACUGUCCAAUAAUGUUGCCUCACAUGUGUCGGAUACUCAAAAAAUGCACUAGUACUUGUAGAGGAUCCAAUACUCAUUGUGUUUGUAUGUAACACGAAUGGUGGUCUAUUUAACUUAUUUAAGUUGUGGAAUUGACCUCAGGAAGAAAGACGGUUAUUUAGCUGAACCAAGUUUUCUGUCAAGAACAGUGAGAGAACCAAAAGUAGUCCUACAGGUCGCGAGUGAAAUUGAUAUUCUUGAAGAUGGCUAUCGCUGGAGAAAAUAUGGCCAGAAAGUUGUCAAAGGAAACCCGAACCCCAGGUAUAAAAUGCUUAGUUGUAUGUUGACAAAUUUAUGUUUUCUUGAAAGAGUCCGAGAAACACAACUCUUUAACUCAGUUGGUAUGUUUAAAGAAUUGUUUCGUGUGUAGGAGCUACUACAAAUGUACGAGUGCUGGAUGCAUAGUGAGGAAACAUGUCGAAAGGGCAGCAGAUGACUUUAAAUCAGUAAUCACAACAUAUGAAGGGAAACAUAACCAUGAAGUGCCAUCAACAAACAAGACGAAUGGUGUUUCAGGAAACGUUCGUUCAGCAUCUAUGUUGAACAACGGGCAACAGCCUUGCACAACAACAUCUCGAAAAAGUCUCAAAGAUUCAAAUAUCAGAGUGCAAUUUCAAGAUCUACCAAUUCCAUUCGAAAGAAAGCAUUUCAUGGGAAGCGAAUAUUUAAGGCCAAGUUUUGGUGCAAGUUACCUCGGGGACUUGAGUUUUGGAGCUACUUCUUUACAACUCCCAGACUUCCCAUUACCAUUGCCAUUGCCAUCGCGAAUGAGCUUUCCUGCAAGACAGAACGAGUCUCACUUUCAUUUGAAUAACAAUUUCUUACUGCCAAAUGGUGCAUCCGAUUCUUUUUUAGCAGAUGGGAAUACACAACAUAUUAUCGCUGACAACAAUAAUUCGAGACUCCUUAAAGCCAAAGACGAGAUUCAGUACUGGACCUAGCUAUUCCGCUAGCUGUCUUCUGAUACAUCAUUCAGUAUAGAUUCUUUGCAGUCACUGCUUUCGACUUAAAUAAUACACACACAGUUCAAGGUUUAGAAAUAUAUAUGUAUUUAUCCCCUUUGAUCAAGGUGGAACCAAUCGAGGCUACGACACAUUGGAACCAACAUGUCAGUGAGCAAACAAGCUAUAUGGAGCAUCACUUCAAUGAAAGGCGAUAACUGUGCAUUUCAAGAACUUGCAACUUGCAUAACAGGCCAAGUAUUUUGGCCUAAUUGUUGGCAUCGUUACUAACAUAAACAUCAAUUGUAUAGCGUUAAGCAAGCAGAUGUAAACGAUUCAUUAGCCAACAAUGAAUAUGAGGGGAAUUACCCGAUUUUCCAUCAAUAUUCUCUGUUGACAUUUCUGAAACUGUUGCCUCUGUGACAACUCGAAAAAUGCAGAAAAUCUCCAAAAUAUCUCUCAUUUAUCUUCAAACUAUUUACUACCAAACCUGAGCUCUCGAGGGAGUGGCCUAGCGAUCAAAAAGUUGGAGUGGUAAUAUCGGGAAACAAGACCUGAAUCCUGGUAGAAGAGACACUAGGUGAUUUCUUCUCAUCUACCUAAAAGGGAAACCCACUCUAUUCAAUGCUAUGCAUAAUGAGUGGUAAAGUUACCCGAUAAACGUGCAGGUGGAUGGAAGUAUAUGCCCAGUGAAUUAGUCGAGGUACAUAAAAGCUGGAUCAGACAACACCAUUCUAAAAGAAGCAGCAACUAGACCCGAAUAAUCAAUGUUAACUCUCUGAAUUAAUAUCCUUCCAUUAGGAACAAUUGGUGAAGUAAAAGAGGAAAGGUCGCGGACUGUUACUAAGAACCUAACAGAACUUUUCACUUAGAUGACACAAAGAACGGAUUUUUACAACUGAACGAA